AUGAUCCUGGUCCCUCCUGAGUCCCCCUGCCCUACUUACCUUCGAACUGAUCUGCUCAGACGUGCACUCGCCACACCCGACCGCUCUGUCUUCUUCUCUCCAUCUCCCCUUCCAAGGCCCUUGAAGGUUCCUCAGGCCGACACCGGGACUCCGGGACACCCACGUGAGCGCUGAGAGAAUCUGGAGGUGGGCUUGCACCGGCAAAGAUGGGGAACAGCACAAGCAGCGCCUUGUCCAAAGAAAUCCUGGAAGACUUGAAGCUGAGCACCAGGUUCACGGAGAGCGAGAUCGGCCAGUGGUACGACAACUUCCAGAAGCAGUGCCCCAGUGGGCGCAUCUCGCCCGAGGAGUUCGAGCAGAUCUACGCCCGCUUCUUCCCCGACAGCGACGCCAAGAGCUACGCCCGCCACGUCUUCCGCUCCUUCGACACCAACGACGACGGCACGCUGGACUUCAAGGAGUACAUCAUCGCCCUUCACAUGACCUCCACCGGCAAAACCACCAGGAAGCUGGAGUGGGCAUUCUCGCUCUUCGACGUGGACAAGAACGGAUACAUCAACAAGACCGAAGUCACGGAAAUCUGCCAGGCCAUCUUCAAGCUGAUCCCCAAGGAGGAGCAGAGCAAAUUACCUCAGGAUGAAAACACUCCUGAGAAGAGAGCCGAUAAACUUUGGUCCUUCUUUGACAAGAAAGACAACGAAAGACUCGCCGAAGGAGAAUUCAUCAAAGGAGUUAUUGAGAAUGAAAAUGCAAUGCGACUCAUCCACUACGGACCACUCAAACAAUAAUCAUCACUUACUUUUACACUUGCACCAACACUCUCUCUUUUUUUCAAGCGUAUUUAGUAGUUUAUAUUUUCUAUAAAUAUCUAUUUUAAAGUUGUUUGGUAUAAAAGAUAUUAUUCAAGGAAUGGAAAUAUAUCUAAACUAAUGCUGUCAAACAAUGAUUACAUUUUAAUUCAGACGAUUAAUCAAAAUGCAAAUAUGUGAUUAAUAACAGCAAAUGACUAAUUAUAAUUCAAUUAUUCAAAUGAACUUCAAAUAAAAAUAAUACU